AUGAGUCGUCGAGUUGCAUACAAGAAAACCAGAGUAAGCAGGAAAUCGACUCCCAAGACGACGAUAUGUCUGUGUUGCGGAGGCGAGUACUAUAUCCCAUUCCUUCGGCAGUAUUGGAGUAAACGUUCGCACCACUUUAAUGAAUUGAAAGCAAUGGCUGAUAAGGAGGACGAUUGUGCUAUAAUCUAUGAAACGAUGAAUGGACAAAAUAAUACUCAUAAACAAUCGACUCAAUAUGUUCUGCCUUCCUUUUUUUCUUCAUUGGUUGGAUACCUUUUUUCUAAACUGACCCAAUUUCAUGACGAACUUGGGAAAGAAGCUAAUGACACACCAGUGGAACAAGCUGAUGGCAAACGUGAAAAGAAAAUUGAUGAUAGCAACGAUGACUGCACCAUAGUAUAUGAAACUAUUGGUGGGCGAAUGAAGAGUAAACAUAAUGAUAUUACCGUAGUCUAUGAAACGACCGGUGAGCGAAAGAAGCGCAAAAGUGAUGAUUGCAUCGAGGUCCACGAAACGACUGGUGGACCAAAAAAGCAUAAACAUGAUGAUUGCAUCGAGGUCCACGAAACGACUGGUGAACGAAAAAAGCGUAAACAUGAUGACUGCACUGUAGUUGACGAAACGACCACUGUGCAAAAAAAGCGUAAGAGUGAUCAAGCAGUUCAGGUUUUUGGCGACCAGAAAGGCCAGGAGCAAGAAAAGAAUCCGCAGGAAGGUGAAUACUUUACUCAGAGUUUGCAGCCAGAGCGUAUAAUUCGCGCAACCUGUGCUGAUGGAAAAACGAAAUUCUUGGUGAAGUGGGAAAAUAUUUCUCAGAGCAACUGGGUACCAAAGGAAAUUGUCAAUGAGGAAUACCCGAAUAUUGUUCUCAAAUUUUACGAAGCAGAACAUUGUAAUCAGUGA